AUGUGUGAAAGGGAGCAGAUUGUGUGGCAAGAAACGAGAGAUUCGUGUGAUUGGCUUGUGUGAAAGCACUUUUCUCUUCCCUAUUUUCUUUAUUUUUAUUUAUUUUUUUUUAUUUUUGUGGAAUUUGUCCUUGUGGUUCUGGAUUGCAGUGUCUGAAGAGAUGGAUCCUUUCAUCUGUAAAUUUGACUGGUAGGGUGGUUUUUUUGUUACUAUAUAAUUUGCAAAAAUGAACACAAAAUCUUGUUAAGAAUGUAUGAUAUGUUAUUGAAAUUAUUUAAUAUCAAUGUAAGUAAAUCAUUUUCUGGGAAAAUAGUAUUAUUGGUUCAGUUUUGCUUCUCACUGUAUGCCAAAGGUAUACAAUGUACCUAUCCAUUGAACGAUGAGACUGCAUUUGUCACUGAUAAAAAUGAUCGACGUGACACGUUUGGAAAAAGAUUUUAUUAUCAAAGCUCUAUACAAUAAAUCCCUUUAACGAUUCCAAAAACGUUUACAUGGAUUUUCCAGAGAAUAUUGGAAGUCCUGCAGCGAAAUUCUUUUCAAUCUCUCGGUUGUCCAGAAUAUGUCAUAUAAAUAGCCAAAACGUGAUCAUCUUUUGGGAUCACGUCCAUCUUGGAUAGAGAAAAAUAUGUGCUAGCAUCAGGUCCUUGAAAUAGGGCGGAUUGCAGAUCCUUUGGUGAUCCUCUGCCUUUUGCUUUAUCAAUUGCUGAUAUGAAAACGAAUGCAAGUAUUUUAUAUUGCAAGUAGAAAUCAGCAAUUAGUAAUUUUAUAUCUUUUUAAAUAUCAUUCCAUAAAUAGUCUUGAAAUCUAAAAUAACAAAAGUGAUAAAUUCUGCGAAACGGGUGGUCGUCAGAAUGUUAAUUAAAUCUCUAAUACAAAUUUGAUUAGGAAAUACCAAAUUUGAUCAAGAUAAACAUAGAAUUCCAUGGAACAUAAGUCGGGAAUCUUAGCUCUGAUGGAUUAAGAUUUCGUAGAAUAACUUUAAAGAAGUAUUAUUAGAAUGAUGGAGGGUUUUAAUUACAUUUCUAAAUUAAUUCCGAUUUUCGUUGAAAUGAGGAUGAAAAUUACUGAAAGAGAUUAAGGAGAGUUUCACAGGACAGAGUAACGCGAAUUGUAACAAUUAAUCAGAACGAUGGAACGUAUUCCGUGGAAAGUUCUAAAUGUAGCUGUCAGUUUCUCGUUAGGUUAUUACAUACGCGGGGAUUCUGUGGAAACCGAGAUACCGUAUGGUGACCUUUCAAAUUUAAUCAUUCGUCUGCGCUUUUAUCGUGCCGGAAUUCAACGGGAGAUUUGGAUUAGCUAAUAGGAUAAACGUAACAUGGAUCGUCGAAUUCAAACGGAUUAAUUUGGGCGUGAACGAUGAAUGAACACGUUCUUGCGUGAAUUAUAUAAUUGGUUAAAGGCUAAUUUAGGAAAUUUCACGGUGCUUCGUGACAAUUUUAUCUACCACAUCAGACGAAUCUUGUUACUCUUUAUGAUAAAAAUAGCAAAAAAUUAGUUUCACAAAAUUAUCUUUUCUUAGGCAAUCAAGCAUCAAUCAAGAAAUAUAAUUCAUUAAAGUAAAGAAAAAUAGUAAUUUUCUAAAUAUAGGACAGGUUACUCUCCGAUAGGCGUUCGAACGGUAAUUUCGUUUUAGUUUCAGUACUAGAUCACACAUAAUGUAUAGAGGUCGUUCCAAAUUUCAACGUAAACUGAAUUUUACGAGCACUAUACCUCGUCUGUAUUAUGCAUGUUCCGUGCUUAAUAUUUGUUACCGGUGCUUCGCGGAACAUCGUUAAACUUUGUGAUUUAAACGGCUAGGAAAGCUUGGAAAGUUGCUUUGCAAUUUUCAAUUUAUGUUAAUGGUUGAGGGGAAACAGAAUCAUAUGUGUACCUCAUUUGAAAAUCUAUAAACACGACUUCAUUUAUAUUUCUUAAUUAUUAAACUCGAUCUCCGCUUCGAUCAAGAGAAGUUACGCAUAGCAAAAAGGAAAGGGAUAUUUUAUUUCUUUCUGCUUUUACAAUUACGUAUCAUUCUCUAAUUAAUUGUCCAAUUAUUUCAAGAAUUAUUUCUCGAGCAAAGGGUGUGACGUACGCUUUGGUCAUCAUCCACUCGCUCAAUCACUGUCCCUAAUGGUAGAACAUUUCAUUUUUUUCCCCCCGAUGUAUUUUCCUCCAUAUUUUCAACAAAUGAGUCAACAACGAUCGCGUCAUACUUGGAGCGAUCCACAAAUCACUAGACACGCGAACUUUCCUAAGAAGUCACGGAUUUAUAUUUGCAAAAAUGUCGAGGCUGCCGGUCGUAAGUUAUGCGCAUACGUAAUGCUGAAGUUAUAUCUACACGAUUCUUUAUUCCCGCACACUGCUACCUAUUUUACAUGCCGUCUCCUUUUUAAUCCUCACGCACGUCCAUAUAUUACACCAGUGCGUGGUAAACACUUAGGUGCGUAUGGUGGAAAUAAAAAUUGUUUAUUACAUUGACGAUAAAACGUUGUGUUAUAUUAAAAAUGAUAAAAAGUCGUCGCAUCUACUAUUUAAUAAAAAGAAAACUGAAAAAUCUCAUAAAUACUAAUCCGAGCAAUUAAAGUGACCUAGAUGCUAGGUAAUCAAGCGUUGAAUAAUGAGCAGCAAAUACAAAGUUCCAUAAUUAUGGAUUUUGUAAAGAUCAGAAUGGACGGUGAUAGAGUUAAUUUUUUAUUCGAAUCGGGUUUCCAUGCACGACGCAUUUAGAAUCAGAAGAUUCCAUGUGGCAGGAAAUCGAUUCUUUUCAGCUUGCAAACGAGAACGAGAGCUUUCGCGUGUUACUUCAUUUUCUUUUUUCCUCCCUCAAAAAUUAAGAAUUCCGUUGAGCUAGGCAUUCAAAACACGAAUUAUUUUUUUGUUUUUUGUUACCGCGAAUCGCAUUCGAAAAAUUUUCAACGAGAAAACAAGGCGUCCGAGGAAGAACUUUGGGAAAAAAGAAUUUUGUCCCUUUGAAUUUCAAAUUUUUCUGUGUUUUCCAAGUUUUAUCGUGGGAAAAACCGCUUGUUCUCCUUCCGGGUCGAGUGUUUUUCGAGUGAAGUGAAAAUGUCGCGCGGUGCUAAUCGGUCGUAUCGAUUAUUCCGCAUAGAAAUGGGGCUAGAACAUUCCGCUUUCGAUAACGUGGCUGAAUAAAAAAACGUCGUGGCUGAUUUUCAACGUAAACCCGGCGGAAAAUAUUAAUCGAUGUCGUUUAUUAUUUAAUGAGCGCUGUUUUAUCGAGUCGCGGAUAUCGUUUAUAUGUAUUUAUUUGUUUCGCCUGCAUCGAUUGCUCGUCAACCUGCAAACCAGCCACGUUGCGUGUCGAACGCGGAAAUUUUUGAAACGCUUAAUCUUUAAUUGUUUCAAUUCGAGUGCAUUUUAAUUAGAGCAAAAUCGAAGUGUCAGAAUGCACACUCCCGGUUUACCUGUUCGUUAAAAAAAAACACGCAAUAGUUAAUUUUUCGAAUAUUGCGGUUGAAAGUAAAAUUUGCAAACUCGUAUACGACAUUUUGUCUAUUUAUUUUUUAACGAUCAAUUAACUGUGUCUAUCCAUAAACAGUUUCCAACAGCGAAAGGUUACGGUUGAUGAUUCAAUGUGCGCUUGAUAAAUUUACUGUUGCGAUAGUUUCCAGCUACUUAAAGAAUCAUUUUUGAUAAUAUUCGAUUUUCGUCGAUACUUCGCCACAUGGGUGGCAGGAGAAAGGGGAAAGAAACCAAAAGGGAGGAUGACGGAAGUCCGUUUCGUCGUUGACAGACGACAAUCAAUUCGAGGAACUCGUGAGAAAUAGGAUCUGCCGAGUCGACCUCUAUACCAACGAUGACUCGCGUUAUUCUUUGGCUAUUACUCGGAACGUAACAAAAGUAAAAUCAAUCAAACGGUCGAUGAAACGCUUCGCCCUAAAAAUUGUCCUCGACCCAGCAAUCAAAUAUCCAACGCGUGUAGAUAAGAAAAAAUUCAAUUACGAUUUCUUUUUUAUCGCGAUGCCCGAUGACUCCGCUAUACAAUUAACGUAUCUCGAUUUCAUUGUAAGAGUUAAGAAUUAAAUUUUGACUGAGAUAAUCCCGGAGAGAGCGAAGGAGAAAAGAAGAAGAAGAAGAAGAAGAAGAAGAAGAGGAGGUUCUACACGUGUCUGCCCUUCCUGCGUCACACACAUUUCCCCGACGGUAGUCGGUCAUGUAGCGCAAUCUCCAAUUCGUCGUCGGUGGCAUCACUCGGUGUUCCUUAUUCGCGUAUGUUGGUGUAAAGGUGCACACAGUGAAAUUGGUCGGAGGGCGCAUGUCUGACCGACGACGGCUAAGAGGGCGCGAGCAAGAGGGUGAAGCAAGGGUUAGAGGGAGACGAGACCCCCACCUUUACCUCUCGUGGCAUCCGCCACUGCCGAGCCCUGGUCACUAGUCCGAACAGUCUACCCCUUGUCACGGCACGUACGCGUAAUCUCGUUCCUUCUCUGUUCCUCACCGUUCUUCCUGUUGCGCUUCAAACCUACGGCAUUCGCCAACCUUUUCCAUCAGCAGCGGAUAAACGCAACGGCUGCUGCCGAGUCGCGUGCACCUCGAUCCGCGUGGAUCCUUUCAUUUUUUUCAUCGCGAAGAAAAAUUUGCACAUCGAGCCGCGAUGUUUACGUAGCGAGGUGGAAGCUGAUCGUGGACUCGCGCCAGACUUGAAGCGUGAAAACGAGUCUGGCGUGCGAAUACAUGGUUCAUUCCGCCGAUUCGAGUGACAGUAGAAGAUCGUGAUCGUUUAACGUUCGACAAGUGAGAGGAGAGAGAGAUAGAUAGAGAUAGAGAGAGAGAGAGAAAAGGGAGAAUCAGUGAGGCGGUAAACGGAGAGGUAACUGGAGGCAGGUGAAAUGGAAAUCACCUAAUGGCAGCGUCCUCCGGAAGGCGAUCCUCGUGCACGCGGCACGGAAUUUCACGAGAAGUUUCAAUCGAGCGGAUUAUCCGAACGUCGCUCAGAAAUUAAGUUACGGGGCUGGAAAGGCUGGCGAUCGAUGCUGCUAGUCGCUCGAGAGGAGAGUGCCUCAACGAGCAGCGAGUGAGACAGUGGCGAAUGGAUAGAAAGCGAGGUAAAAAAAAAAAGCUUUCGUGAAAGGUGUUUGACGAUCUCACGUGCGUCGAGGUUCGUGGAGGUCGUCGACGGUGUUCUGGCGAACGGCGACGUUUGACCUUCGACUAUGGUUCGCGCGUCGUUGAGCAACACGCUGCUCGCCGUCGGUCCAUCAACCCCCGAACACUUGGAACAAACUUCUCUUACUUCUUGUUCCACUUCUUCCGAAGCUUUUUAAAGAGAACAUUAAAGCGACACUGUUCGCACUUUCGAACUAACGUCGUUGCGAGAACGUAGGCGUUUUAAUCGUCUUCGAAAUUGAGUGUUGGCGAUAUUAGGACUUAUAGAGAUCCAAGGAUGACCCAAUUAACUUAGCUGAGUCUGAUUCGUUUGAAUUAUAUCAUCGAAGCUUCGGAGAGAACAGGUUAUAACGAGGCGAUCCACGUGUUCGAUGUUCAUCCCCGUAUGGAAGAUUAAUCCGCUCCGCUAUCUGCUCCAUUCUACGGGUUUAUCAGCCUACGAAUAUUGGUCGUCGAAGGAAAUACGUCGCGAUUAACACGCUCGAUGAUUUAAGGUGGAGGAUUGGAGGGAAACGAACCGUGUUACAUCCUGCCAAUUUCUACGAGACGUUUCAAGACGGAGAUGACUGCUCGUCUUUAAAGGAUUUGGAGACGAACCAUUUCAAUAUUCCAAAGUAUUUUCCAUCAAAAUAUUCAAAGAAAUCAGAACUAUCUAGAGUGAAAAAAAAAAAUUAAAAGAAAGAUGUCCUUCCUUCUAUGUUUCUAUACACGAGUCACGAGGAAGUAGGAUGGGAUUACAUCCUUGAAGCGAAAAGGGACAUCCUUGAAUAAAGUUCACCUUUUCUCGCGUCGAGGGUGGUGCGUUUAAUUUGAGAUAGUGUGAUCAUUGAACGCGGUGAUGAGAAAAUUCCGUCGCAUAGGGAAAGGAGCUUAAAUUGCAAACGCUGCUGGAUCGAGGACAUAGUUUCCACGUGGCGUCGGAUGCGUCCUGGAUCGGAAUGUAAUUUUAGCGAAUAGAUGAUCGCCUCGGUUCUACAGGGAUUACACAAGGCCUUGUCUCGAACGCUAUGGACAUUAAUUAGUCGACGAUGCAUCGUGGGAUCAAUGUUAUAGUGAUGUCGAGUAAUCUCGUAUGUUCGAAACAAUGUAAAACAACGACGAAGGUAAUUAAAAGGGACUAAAGGACAGAGGAGGUCAUCCUCGCGAGCAAUUAACAGUGACUUUAUUGAAAAACUAUCGUUCCUUGUAACGGUUGAACAGUGUUUGAAAGUAUCCAAGUAAUCUUCCAGUAUUAGACAAUCAACGACAUGUCCAGUAUUUAACAAUCAUCGACAGAAGCAACGACGAAGCGUAGUCAAAACCAUCUGCUCGAAGUGUUGAGUAAUCGUAGGAGGAAGCACGAAAUAACCGUUCACCGAAGGGCAACCGGCGACCUGUCAGUUCCCGCGACGAGCUCGAUUACCGAAGCAGAAUAAUCUGGACAAAUCGAAGGUGUACAAGCUGAGAACGAACGUCGAGGUCACUUAUGAUGGGCUGCAGACCGGCAGCUAAGUGGAAGGUGGCGGAAGGGUGCGGUCGCGGGCAGCUCGAGUCGGCUUCCUCCUCGCCGAGGUACACCGAGGUGAUCAAGCCCGCCAGCGAGACGACGAUCGUUCAGAAAAGAGAGGAUCGUGGUUCGAGCAGUAGCGUUGAAACGGACGAGGAAGAGGAAGAGGAAGAGCUGGCCGGAAGGGGAUUACAGAAGUGGACGUCGAGGUACGAUCGGUCGUUCGGUAGAAACGAGACGAUAUUCAGCAGAUAGCUGCCAAGUGAGAAUGCAGAGAUUGCGCUCGACCUUCAAGAGGUCUCGCACCCCGACGGGAGCGGAAAUGAAGUCGCAGUCUAGCCUGGAGGUACCGAAGCAAGUCAGGUCGGCUUCCUUCGACGAGAUCCAAUUGGAGGCUAAAAGACAGGACGAUAUCAGAGACGCUAGAUCAACCAGGACCACCUCAUCCUCGUCGUCCUCUUGUUCGCCGGCAAAGUCGCAGGAUUCCUCGCGAGGAAGACGAGCCUCGACGCUCAGAGUGCCGCAGUUGCAAAGCGGACAACGAUCCAAGAGUUUCGACGUCUGCGAGAGAAGUUACGGCUCGUCUUCCAGUCAGCAAUCUCUGGGCAGCAUUCGACGCCCGGAGACGCCGACGAUCCAAGUAUCGGGCUGCUAUCACUGUGCCUGCGUCGAAGAGUAUAAGAAUCUCUAUUCGAGCCGAGAUGAGGAUGAGCCUUCCUCGAGGGAAGACGAAGAGGUGGACGAAGGCGAGGACACCUCCGACGACGAGGACUCCGAGUUGAUCGACAGAAGCGAAGGUAGCCCCGAGAUCAGGGUCACUUUGACCACGUUCACCGAGAAAGGCGCCGAUGUCACGGACACGGUACCGGAAGUUGUGUCCCCUGUGGUGCCAGAGAUCGUUCCCGAGGUUGCGCGAGACGAUACGGACACCAGUGCGGUGAGAGGUGAAUUAUUCCCGGAAAGACAACGCAGAAGAUCGCUCGCCUCGCCGAAACUCGCUCGUCAAGAGGCGCUUACUUCUUACCCCAUCGACCUACCAACGGUGGUUAGCUCGACCGAGGACGAAGAGAAACUCGAGGACGAUGAAGACGACGAGGAGGUGGCUAACGUCGAAACCAACAAGUCCAAGAUCGUCGUCAGAGAUAUAUUUCUAACUGUUCCCGAGUUGAAACGGGAUCGUGCCGCUUCCGUGGACUCUUGCUUUAAUAACAAGAACGGAAACGGAGGAGAUGCGGAUACAUUGGCCGUUCCUCAACAGAAUAUACGAUCGAAGAGCGUCGAUAUCGUUCUGCCUACAGACGCGCAGACGAGGUACACGGCUCUACUUCCUGGCACCGAGGCUCGACCUCCAAGAGGAGGGAGAGAAGAGGGUGGAACGAGUGGCGGCCACCGUGAACCCCGAUCAACUCCCGAUUGGGGUCCUGGUGCACUAAAUGGGGAACAUCUUUGGGUACCAACCUCGGCUUCUGGUGAUUUUUGUUACGUCAACGACUGCUCGAAACACGGGGCCCGGAUGAAAUGUGCGGCAUGUCGUGUGGUGGCUCACACGGUGUGCGCGACGAGUUUGAAUUUCGCGUGUAAAUCGAGCUUCCGGGACGUGGGUGUCCGGCAGUAUCGCGAGCAACCGAACACUCAACACCACUGGGUCCACCGUCGUUCCCAAAAAGGGAAAUGCGGGAACUGCGGCAAGUCUUUCCAAUCGAAGCUGAGCUUCACCUCGAAGGAGAUCGUCGCGGUGAAUUGCAGUUGGUGCAAACGUGCCUACCACAACAAGGAAGCGUGCUUCAACGUGCAGAAAAUCGGUGAAAAUUGUGAACUUGGUGCCCAUUCUUCCAUCAUCGUUCCACCCUCUUGGAUCGUCAAGUUGCCCAGGAAAGGUAGUUUCAAGAGCAGUCUCAGGAAAUCGCCGAGAAAAAAGAAAUCUGGCGGUGGAGGAAGCACCGGAUCCAGAAAGAAAUCGAAGGAAAAAGAUAAAGAGAAGGAUCAGGAUCAAGGGAAAUUGUGGGUGGUCAAGCCUAUACCUACGGCAUCCGUGAAACCGGUGCUGGUUUUCAUUAACCCGAAAUCUGGAGGGAAUCAGGGUGCCAAAUUGUUGCAGAAAUUCCAGUGGCUAUUGAAUCCUAGACAGGUGUUCGAUCUGACGCAGGGUGGACCCAAAAUGGGGCUAGAAUUGUUCAAAAAAGUUCCUAAUCUGCGAGUUCUCGCGUGUGGUGGUGACGGUACAGUUGGUUGGGUGCUAUCGAUCCUAGAUCAGAUCGGUGCAUCUCCUCCACCGGCCGUCGGAGUACUCCCUCUUGGAACCGGAAACGAUCUGGCAAGGGCGUUAGGUUGGGGCGGUGGUUACACGGACGAGCCAAUCGGGAAAAUCUUAACUAACAUCGGUGAGAGUGACACCACGUUAUUGGAUAGGUGGGAACUGAUAGUCGAAAGAAAUCCGGAUGCCCAGGGCGACGACGAUAACGGCAAGGGCAAAGAGAAUCUACCUCUGAACGUCGUUAAUAAUUACUAUUCCCUUGGAGUAGAUGCUCACAUCGCUCUUGAGUUUCACGAGGCUCGAGAGGCGCAUCCAGAAAAAUUCAACUCGCGAUUACGAAACAAGAUGUACUACGGUCAGAUGGGUGGCAAGGAUCUGGUCUUGCGAAAAUGGAAGGACCUCUCGGAAUUCGUCACGUUGGAAUGCGAUGGCCAGGAUGUGACGCCAAAAUUGAAGGAACAUCGCGUCCAUGCCAUUGUAUUUCUGAACAUCGCCUCGUACGGUGGUGGGACACAUCCUUGGGGCGCUGCUAGUGGAACCAAGGAACCAUCGACCGAGGAUGGGAUAAUAGAGGUCGUUGGUUUGACGACGUACCAACUUCCGCUUCUUCAAGCAGGGGGUCAUGGUACCUGUAUUGCUCAAUGUAGCACAGCUAAACUGGUUACUACGAAAACCAUUCCAAUGCAGGUUGACGGAGAGGCUUGCCGAUUGUUGCCAUCUAUUAUAAAUAUGAAAUUAUUAAACAAAGCAACGAUGCUGGCAAAAAGGAGGAACGCUAGCAAGCCGCCGCAGGACGUGAAACUGGAUAGAUUAAACUUGCCUGUAAUGAAAAUAAAGAUGUCGGAUUACGAGAAGUAUCAUCACGAUAAAGACAUGUUGAAGAACGCCGCGUCGACGUGGAUCGCUGAUCCACUCGAUCUCGAUGCCACCACGGACCUCGAAUCCUUGAGGACGAUCCUGGCGAAAGAUCAUAAUAUGGACACUUGUUGCUUCCUUGACUCGUGUACCGCGGAACGGUUCUUCAGGAUCGACAGGGCUCAAGAACAGUUGCAUUACGUGACCGAUGUUGCUGUCGAGGUAGUCUACGUUCUCGAAGAGAGUGCGAAUAAUCAGUCAACCGAACCUGAGGGAAAGGUAUCUGCCAGCCAGGAACCUGAAACUGCUCAUCCCUCUCCGAGCGAAGAACGGCCAAAAUCAAAUGCAGCCAUGACACAAGAGCAGCCUAAAAGCGAAUCGAAGGCGCAACCAUCACCGGUACCAGAGAGCGAAACGGCUGAGAAACCGGCUGAGGAUACGAAGACGCAAGCCGAGACUCAAGACACCGCCAAGUGUCAGGGAUCAAUGAAGAAAAACAUGGCACGCGACGAACCGCAGAACACGAAGAAAGAGGAAAAGGCUAACGAAGGAAAAGUAUCGAGGGACGCCGUAAAGGAAAGCGGUUCCUCCAAAUCGAUCUCUGUGACGACUGUCGCUCAGUCGCAACAUCAGGCACCACCAACAUUCAUUAGUCCACGGGAUAGACUUUUCGGUUUGAGUUCUGAGGUCCACACCUUUAACACGAGAUUACUGGAGAAAACCAGCGACGGUAUUUUGAAAACUGCAAAGCUCGGCAAUAUCCAGGCUCUAAAGGAACUCCAUGAGAGGGGAUAUUCCCUUAUGUGCAUCGACGCCACUGGACAAACUGCUCUUCACCUGGCCUCGAGAUAUGGUCACAAGGAUAUUGUCAGAUAUCUCAUCGCUUGCGCACCAUCGAGCAUUUUGAACAUGAUCGACAACGACAAAGGUCAAACCGCUUUACACAAAGCGGCUCAAUAUAAACGUCGUUCCGUUUGCUGCAUGCUAGUAGCCGGCGGUGCUAAUUUAACUAUCAAGGAUCGACAAGGUAACACACCUCGCGAUCUUGCUCUGCAAGCGGAGGAUCGUGAACUCGCAGCAUAUUUAUACAGUCAAGAGCAGUUCCAGCUGACAACGGAAGAAAUGGAGAACGCCCUUUGACCUACGGCCGUAAUCGGUAGAGCCUGAGCCGACCCUGCAUAGACCAUCGAUCUAGGUUCAACGAUCAUCAUCGACGACGAUCUUUCUUUUCUGCGGCGAUCUAGCGUAAGUUGCACGUGAUAAAUCGAUAUUCUUUCUUCGACAGUUGAAGGUGACACCGGAUACUUUUCAAUUUUCCUCGUUGAGCGAACCGAGAUCACUGUCAACUAACCUUGUAAAUUAAUAUCACGCAUUCUACAUAGAGAUAAUUAAUACGGUAUCACACGUACUUCGUAUAGAAUUAGGUGUUCUCGAUCGAACCACGAGCCUGUAAACACGUAUAUGUAUACUGAUUUUUUUUUUUCAAUCGUAUCUCGUAAAUGCAACAAGGCGUUCUAUCUGUCGAGCCUUGUUUUAAUCGACGAUGAAAACAGAAAGGAGAUAUGUCGUUGAACAGUAUGGGGAAUCGGUGAUAAAAACACUUUUUGCUCAUCCAUUGGGAGUUUAAGGGUGUGGAAUUGAGAAGAAAAAACCCGUAACCGAAUUAGUGAGAGACUAGGAUCAAAGGUGAAUGAUAAUCGGAUAUUAAUCGCUGUAAUCGUAAAGACUAAUCUUCACGGUAUUUGUUUGUAUGAUUUUUAUUUUAUAUUUUUCUACGUUCCAUUUCUAGCUACCACUUCGACGAACAUAUACAUCGUAUACAUAUUAUAAUAAUAUAUCCUUAUCGAUUUACAAUUAGCAUUGUUCUUAGUAGAACGAUUUUUACAUUUUUCUUCGCAAUCGGUUAAGAACGCGAAAUUAGCGAUAGUAGUGUUCAGAGUUGGACAGAAUUUUAUUGAAAGAGAAAAAGAUUGCUGGGAUCGUUGAUUCGAUCGAGUUGCGUUGUUACACCGUAUUCAAUACGUUUGCUCGUGAUCGAUCGAUUGUUAGGUAAAUUUGAUCGAUUAGGAAGGAAAAUUCUAUCCGACUCUGUUCGGUAUUUCAAAAGUCUUUAUUCCUCCCUCCCGUGUUGAAUUUUUCUCUUCGCUUGUUCUAGGGAUACCUCAUCGUAUCGGAUAACACAUAUCUUUUUUGUAUAAGUGUCGCGUUAAUAUACAUACGUAUAUAUAUAUAUACAUAUAUUUUCUACGUACGUUAAUACUGAUACAUAUUUAUUGUCCUUACGAUACAAAAGUUUCCUCGCGAUACUGUUUUUCUUGUCCGUGAACGUUCGUCAAACAUUUUAUCGCUGCUUCGAUACACGCAGUGUAAAAUUUAAAUUUAAACAAACGAAAUCGUUGAAUCAUUGAAAGAAAAAAGAUAUUAUCGAACGAGUGUUCCAAGGACGUUUGUACGUUCGUUGAACAAAGUUUCGAUGCCUGUCGAGUGGGAUCAGCGCGAUGCAAUUAAUUGAAAAAUAUAUUCUUAAUUACUUCAUAGAUUUUUCAAUUGUGUGAUAGGUAGGUAGAAUCAGGGCAUCAAGGAGAAUCGUGCCAAUCGAUGGGCAAGUAUAAGGAAGCUUGGGUCGCGUUUUCACGGUGAGUUGAACACGUAAGUGCUAAUGGAAUUUUAUUGCUCUCUUUUGGUAUCCCAUUAACCCUUUAGCCGUUAAAACGUUUCAACUGAAAAUUAUUCUUUGCGUACGAAACGGUUGCCGAGAAUCUCUGAGACAUCUAAUAAAUUCAAAUCCAACUGUUUCGUAUUCGUUGCUACGAUGAAAACGUGACCUAAGAUCAAAGGCGCUGUUUGCCAAAUUAAGAUUCAUUGCUUCUCACUGAUCCCUCGCAGAGCUCGUCAUAAAUUUUCAAAUGAAAUUUCGAAUCAACCAACAAUGUAUACUCUCCUUCAUAAGUCAUGAGACAAUUGUUUUAGCUUUAAACAGUCGAGACAUUAUAUCAAAUGAAUACAAAGGUUCUAAGUUAGCUUUUCCACAAUCUCUUCCUGGGUCUUCCUGGGUUCCUCCCAAAACCAAAAUCUUGAAACCCCAAGAUCCUGAAACGUGUCAUUUGGGGAGCUUGGAUCGUUUUAAUAUUUUUUUCUAAAAUAGUAAAAGCGUCUUAUGACUUAUGGGGAAAUGUGCAAGUGUUAAUUCGAUAGAGAUGAAGAAUUGAAAAGGAAAAACAGAUAUCGAAAAUAAAGGGAGGGAGAAUGUGUUGAUGAAAGACUAAAAACAAUCGGAGAGAAGGGAAUUAUCAUAACUCGGUACCAAAAUGAAAAAGGGGAUCAACGUACGAACACCAAUUAGCUCUUAAACGACGGUCUAUCGUCUCUUAUUAUUAUGAUUAUUAUUAUCAUUGUACUAUUACUUAGACUACUCUAAUUUUACUGUCGUAUUAUAUUGCAUAAAGUAUGUAUAAUAGUAUCCUUCGAGCGUUGUUCGUCCUGCGGACAGGAAGUUCGUUCUGAGAAAAUGAGAAAAAACAGAAAAAAAGAAACAACUGAGUCACGAUGAUAUACCUGUAGAACGUCUACGAGAGAAAUAAAUUGUCCUCGUUGGACACGCGCGAACAUAAAUUAUAUACGAGUAAUUAAGCAAGCACUCGACUCGAUUUUAUAUAUUAGUGUAAAUAUUCCAGUGACGGUUUCGAAAUUUUAUUAACCCUUGGAAAGAGGAUGGUGUCUUCGGUAAUUAUUUAUUUUUUAAACGUCUCUGAUUGAUAUUAAAUUAUUUUCAUUUCUGUGACACACAAGCAGUGCCCGGCACUGUCAGAAGCCAUUUCAUCGAUCAUUAUUAUACUUGUCUGCGAUUUUUUUUCCAGAUGAAAGUAUUUGUAUUUCUUCAUCUAUAAUAAAAGGACGGCUUAAGCUCUCGCUUUAUUGGUUUUAGAAUUAUUUUAGAAAGAAAACUACCACCCCCUUGCGAGGGUUAAAAAAUACAAGCGACGAGUCUGCCGUUUCGAAGUAUCUCGUGUGUGUCUAUUUCUCGAUAUGUUAUUAAACAACCUCAAGUAUUUUUUCUUGUUCGAAGGAAUUAAGGGAAGAAAUGUUUUACUUAAACUCUCGAAUUCGAGACGCGUGUACGAGGAAAGAAGUUUCGCAACGCUUGUUCCCGCGUGUCCUCUCCUCUUGUAAAUUAAACUGAUAUUUUUAAGAAUCGAGUAGAGAAAGGAUAGAAGGGAGUUUUAGUGGGCGAGUAAAUCGCGUGUAUCAAGUUAAAUUAAGCGUAUUCAUAUUCAUAGAGUAUUUAAUAACGAUGGUGAAUUCUAGAAAAUGCCUUCGAGCGUAAGAUAUACGUUGUUCUGAUUAUUUUUUAUAUGUAGAUAAUUCACGAUGCCUUUUUAAUCUAUCAGUGACCUUUACCGCGCGAACGAUCGAAAAUCUCCACCGUUGUAUUUCAUUCUUCGAUGAUGAUCGAUGAUUUUCCGAUCCUUCGCCCCGUAAACGUCGCUAUGAUUUAGAGAGAACAAGAAGGAGGAAGCUAUUAUAGUUGUGCGUUAAAAGGCUUUGAUAUUUUGUUGAAUUUUUAUUUUUUAUUUAUUUAUUUUUUGUCAAUCAAUGUUUAACUUUCAAUUAGAAAUCCUCGUAAAUCAUUUUUACACGAUCUUCUCGAUUCCAUUGAUAUAAUUAUCUCGAAAUGAAGUGAAUUCGACAUUUUCUCGUUUACUCGUAUAUAUUGUAUAUCGAAAAAGAAUCUCCUGUACCUGUAUCGAAAUUUCACGUAAUUGCAUCAACUGCAGUCUAAUAAGAAAAUGAUUAAAAAAAAAGGGAAAAAAAAGAGAUACGAUCGAUUAACUCUGAAAACGUUUGACAUUUUUCAGACUCUCCGUGACAUUUAUCCUCGUAACAUCGAUGGUCAAUUUGUUCGUGUAAACUUGUAUAAAUGUAUUUUUACCGAGACUAUACUCAUCGAUCCUCGUAAGUGAAUUUAAAAACGAACUCGAAUUUAAUGAACUUUACUGUAAGAUUACGUUGCACGCGGAUUUACAUGUAUACCGUAGUCCUCUAGUUUUCUAUUGUUCCUCUAUUUUGGACCACUCGUCUUCGAACGGAAUAAAACGCGACCAAUUCAAGAUUUCCCUUGAACUUUCUAGAGUUAAUCUUAGCCUUUAAUUCUCGUCGAGAUUUUAAAUGAACGCGACUUUCGUUCUCACUUCCUUCCUUUUUCCAUAGACUUUCCAAAAGAGUGGUCGACAAUCAUAUUCGCGAUCCUUCUAUGAACUUUCCUUGAAAACCACCGAAAUUCUAAGAUCUGAAAAAUUAUUACAAAUAAGUUUUAAAGAAUUAUUUGCAACCGAGGUGAAAGAAUUGAAUUUUAAUAAUUUUUUUGGAAGAGGGAAAGGUGAGAACAAAAAAUUUUCUCAUCGAUCACACGUUUGAUCGACUAAUCCUGUUUUCUGUUCUUUCCUCUUCGUCGUCGAUCACAGGACCGUGUGCCUAUCACUCGGUUAUAGUAUUAAUCGUUAGGUGAUAAUAAUCAAUUAGAGUGGAGUUUAGGAUCGAAUCGAGUCGCGAACAUUUAUAAAUCGAUUGUAUCUGUUCCUGUCUCGAUUUCAGAUCCAACGAUAAAAUAAGUAUUGUUCGGCAGCGUUGACUGGAUUAACCAAGCUCGUAUCCGGUGAUUUGAAUGCUCCUGCGAUCCGACAUUACCGUUUAACGCGUGAUAUCGUUGUUUAGUUCGAGAAUGGACGUUUCCAAGUUUCUAAUUGUAAGAAUAUCGACAAGCUGGUCUUGUUCAGAAGGUUGAUUCGCGGCAUCUUAAAUGGGCUCAAACGAUGUGUAAGUUGGAUAAAUGAAAGACCAUUGAACUAUUUCUAAAAGUAACAAUUGUUAAAUUAUUGAUUUUGAAGAAAGGAAUUCGAAGAACUUUCACGCCGAAGAAUAUGUUUGAGGACUGAUGAGUUAAACUUUAAUGAGUCGGAUCGUUGAAUUCGCGGAAACUUUGACAACUUCGAAAGAAAAGAUGGCAAAUUGAAAUUAAUUAUUUCUUGUUGGUACACCAUUUAGAAAUAGAUGUAACUGUUAUCUAUUAACGCUUAAAUGGCAGAUGGUUCUCGCAACUACAAUGCUUAAUUUUUAUUUCAUCGUUACAAGAGUUAUAGAUUCCAUGAAAUAAGAUUAAAAAUGUCCACCGGCUGCAAUCAACGUGUUAAAAUAUCUGUACCCUCUUCUGCGCUGAAAUAAAACAUCCCCGGUAGCCUAAUUAUCGAACGGAUACAUUUGAAAACAAUGUAAUCCGGUAUGAUUUAUAAAUGAACAAAGUUUCAGUAGACACCUCUCUGCGAGCGUUCAACAUAGUUCGAAAGAACAUAGAUAAGUAAACGAACAAGAAGACAAAGCGACGAGAGUUGAGUACGAGCACGUGUGUGUAUGUGUGUGUGUGUGUGUGCCUGUGCGUCUCUGUAUGUGUGUGAAAGAGCGCGAAGAGUUUCCCAAGAGAGGAAAAUAAACACAGUAUUGCCUUUCUCAGGGACGCGGCCUCGGCCCGUGAGUUUCAUCUUAAGUUUUUAGAGCAAUAAAUCAGCGACAAUCAUGGCGUUUCGGGCCGAGAUCGCGUCGCUAUCACUUUUCGUCUGUCCAUUUGCGUUCACUUCUUUCCUCUCCGCUUAAACCGUCGACGACGAAAAAAACCAUCGUGUACAUCGCCUUCAUGGACCUUCAAUGUUCUUUCGGUCCAGGUUCACGGCACGUUGUUGACGACCGGUGGCCUUUGUUACGAGAUCACCGCCUUUCUUUCGGUUCAAACUGUAUUGAAAAGCUUGAAAAUACGGGUUAGCGAGCCGGAAACUUGUAAAAACGGCACCGAGCCAAGGAAACGUUCAAUUGAUUCGCGUUACGAUUUUAGCCAUUAAGUCGGUUAACUGGUAAUUUAGACUGCAACCGAAUGGGAAACAAAAGGGCCACUGUUAUCGCUAGCUAUGUAUUGUGAACGUCGAUCUAAAUACACCGAUUUUCCAAUCGGUAACAAACCGAGCUUAUUCCGUUCGCGUUUCGUUGCCGCGAAAGUUGGGUGGUCUCUGUUCUAUUCUAUUCUCUGUCUUUGUCAAAUACAGCUGCCUGGCGGGUUCGUUUUCCACCCCUGCAAGCUCGUUUCAGACGAUUUCACGCUACGGGUUGCUUCGAUUCAACCAUUUUUAUUGUUAGUUGCAAAUAUAAUCUACGUAGGCUGUGAUCUUGACGAUUAAAUAUAUGUUGUUCACAACGUGUGCAGAUUUGUAUCGGGUCGGAAUCUCGUCAAGUGUUUGUAUUUGGUAAUCGACUUGGACACGAACCAACAUAAUUACAGGAACGAUCGUGUAAUUGCAAUUACUUCUUCGAUUACCGCUAUUUUCUGAGUCUAUGUAACUUGUACGAGUAACUUCUGAUUAGAAGGAUGUAUCAAGCGAUUACUUUAUAAGUAAUAAAAAGAUUUCUGAUUCUCGAA